UUUGUCAUUUUACAGAUUGUAGUGUAGUUUCCCAAAUCUUGCUUAUUGACAUAUUUGAUUCAAAAUUGAUAUGGAGUUUGAUGAAAGUUGUGCCAAGUGCCAAAAAUUUGUUAAAUUUGAUAGCGAAGCUUUGUGCUAUUGUGAAACAUGUUUUUAUGUUUAUCACGCCACUUGCGCUGGGCUCUCAAAGGAGGAUGUCGAAUUGAUGACAACAUUUGAACAUUCUUCUUUCAACUGUGAUAAAUGUAAAAAUGAAGAAAAACAGCAAUCGAGCGGUCUGGGUUUAACACCAAGGCGACCAUUAACGAAAAGUUCUAAGCCAGAGGUUCGCUUUACUCUCACAAGGUGUCCAUCGGAUUCCUCUGAAGUGAGUGAACAGGCCGGCACCGUUGUCGAAGAGAAGGUCAUGGUGCAUGCCGCACUGGAUGGGUCUGUUGAGCACACGAUCUCUCCACCCGUUUCGAAGAGAGUUACAAAUUCAGACUCACGUAAACGAACCUAUCAUGAAAUUACCAAUGAAGAAAUUAUAUCACUGUCAGACCUACCAAAGACGCCUAGAUCAAGAAAAAGUUAUAAAGAACACGUAACCGAGAGAAUUCGAUCAAGCCCUAGGCUUAAUCCAGUUACAGAGCUAUUUAAAAAUGUCACAACCGAUUUGAAGGAAGAAUCGUAUGUAGAAUCCGAUGUGAAUGAGCCUGAACAAAAUUUGGUUGUAACGACAACCAGAACGUUGAGAUCACGAAGAAGUUAUCAAGAAUUCACAAAACCGUCACAGUCAAGCACAAAUCUUAGGAAAACAAAAUCGAAGACGCAGGAAACUAAGUCGUCUCUUUGUAGGGACGUACUUGAAAAUAAUGCUUUCAACAAGAUGGUGGCCCUUUCGACACCUACUAUUGAACAAGACAUCUCCACACUUCCAAGCGAAGAAAACCAGAACAUCGUCUCUACAACAGAAAAUCAUGCUAACGAAAGCUAUCAAUGUGAGCAGAUGGACGUAUCUGAAAUCAUUGAAAGUGAUCCGGUUGUGGCUUCGGAAGUCGAAGUCCCUACGAAUAACCAAGACAAUGAUGCGGAAUCUGGUCUGAACGUUGAAAUUAAACCUGACGUUGUCAGUGCAGAUGUCGAAAUUGGCGCGUCGGGCGAGGAAGCAGGCAAACAAGUGCCGGAAGUCAGUUCUUCUGUUGAAGUUGGUCCAUUAACCGAAGAAAAUUUCAAUCUGUAUGACGAUUUGCAAGAUGACAUUUAUGGAUUGGCCGAUCCGGACAUGUAUCCCUGUGAUGUGCCCAUCGAAUUGAAUGAAGAAGUUUGCUUAUCUUCUAUCGCCCAACAGGAAAGUGAUGCUGAUGUUUUAAAUUUAUCUGCUGGUGAACAUUCACUCUGUUCUUCAAAAGUUGACGAAGAAGAGAGGUACAGUGAUCUUGAUCCGACUGGCUUAAAAUCAGACUCCGAACAUGAUAGCGCACACCCAUCGACUUCAAACGACGGCGAAGUCAUCGAGCUUAGCAGUGACAGUGGCGAAAGGGAUUUGGACUCUCCUUCGGAAUCCGAAUUGAACUCUUCGCUAAAUGCGGACAGUUAUAGCUCUCGUUCUCGUUCAUCUGAAGAACUAAGUACGACCAGUGAAGCCGACUCGUCAAAGUCGGAAACCGACGUUUCAAGUGCGGAUAGCAGUUUGGAAAAGUUGGUACAUUCAUCGGAAGCCAUAACUGAGAUAAAUUUGCUAGACGUGUCCGAAGAAAAUACAGUGACGAAGUCUGCUUUGAAUGAUAACGAUGAAAACGUCGAGCGCGAGGAAUCGAAUAAAAAUGCAGACGCUACAGUACCAAAAAGCGAUUCUGUUGUUGACAGCAAUGAGGAAAUUGCUACAGCAUCCAGAAGAGAUACUCUUUCAGAUGAUCCCGGUGUUCAACCGGUAAAUCAAGAAUUAAACGAAUCUGAUAUUUUUAACACACCAAGUCAAAAUGCGAACGUAAAUCAGGAUGCAAGUUCUGUGGCUUGUGGAAGUAACGCAGAUAUCUUUAAUGAAACUGUUGAAAGUGUCAAGUAUGACAUUAUAGAUGAAAGCAGCUUUCUAAAGACCCCCCCUGAUUGUACUCCUUCAGAUAAUCGUGCAAGGAGUAGUGAUACAAACAAGGAUGAAGUUACAAAAAAUUCGUCUAUAAGUUACGAUGGUCUGUUAUCUCUGCAAACGGAACAACAAAGUACACCAGUAACACGUUCCAAACGAUCACUGCAACGUAUGGACACUCCAGACGUGAAAGAUAUGAGGAAAUUUUCGCUUAAAAGGAAUAUGAGCACAUCAGAACCUAAUAUCAGUGGCGAAUUAGUACCAGCGAAUACCUCAAUUGGAGACUCUCGGCAAACAAUUCCAGCAAGUAGAAAAAGAAGUGCAAGUGUUGACAUACUAACAGAUGCAGAAGCAUUUGAAGGCAUAGCGAGUCACUCUACACCAACAAAGGACGAAGCUGUGCCGGCCAGAAGGAAAAGAAGUGCAAGUUCUAGCACAACAGCGCAAUCACACGACACUAUAAUAUCUAGCUCAAAAUCAACAGCAAUCCCGGCAAGAAGGAAACGAAGUUUAAGUGCUAACGAUACCACACUAGAAUCUUCAAGCUUUCAACGAAAUUUACGUAGUAGAAGUGUGGAUAUCGAAGGAGCUCCCCAAAAGCUCGAAACAACUAGUUCUGCUAAGAGUAGUAAUAAAACAACUGAAAGUAGGAGACGCAAAAAGACACCGCCUACUUCAUCCCUACCUAAAAUUGAUGAAGACUACACCAGCUCCAGGAGGCUUACUCGCAGGCAAGCCAAAAUGUUAGAAAAAGCUAUAGGCGAUCAUGUAACUACGCCCGUUACUGAACUAAGUACAGAUACAAUGCAUUCGGAUGAAUCCCUACCAUCAAACGUGUCGGAUGAUGCGAUAGGUUAUCGAUUGAGAAGUAGAAGUGUCUUGUCAGAUUCUUCGGUCGUCCAUUCUGAAGCCGAUAAUUCUAUUAACGUUACUAUGGAAGGAAAUAAAUCAAGUACACUCCAAACUGAAAGUCAACCUCGGAGGUUAAGGAAAACAAGACUGAAUUCUAAGGUGAUUAUUCUGAUUUCAAGAAUUAACAUUGGCAAAAUAAAUGUUUGCUUGUUUCAUGUUUUUGUCAAAUGUUACAAAUCGAAUACUAACCACCUCUUCUUGGGCUUUAUGAGAUAGCAAAGGUGUAUCUCACACGGUUUGGUAGGUAGGGUGUGUUUCUCAAAUC